UAGUAUUGGUGUAAUAUGGCGCCGUGACACAAGUAGCACCGCUAGAACAUUCAUCAAGGAAACUCAAACAAGAUGUAAAUCACCUGCUAUACGAUUACUUUGAUCACUGACCAUUAAAUAAGAGCAGCAGGGAAGAAACCAUCAAUGUCAGGGUAGAGAAAAUGAGAGAGACGACACUGGAGGGUCUGAAGCUGAAGCAGUAUCAAGUAGAUACUUGGACAACCCGUGAACAGUUAUGUCUUGCUUCAGCAGUAAUGCGUAGUGGUGACCAAAAUUGGGUUGCAGUGCGACGAAAUAUUAAGAUGUUAACAAAUGAAACAAGCCGACCGCCUGAUUGGUACUCUACAAAGAAUUGUGCGCUACAAUAUGCUAAACUGCUGGAACGUGUCGAUACUCCUAAGAGGAAAAGAGAACGUGGAGACGGAGUGAAUGAAACUCCUGGAGAGAUUGUUACCAAGAUGCUUAGCAAACAACGUAUUGAAGAGCUUCGUGCAUUGGAAACAGAAGAACGUGCUACAUACAACCAUCUUAGGCGGGAAAUACAGCAACUUGACGCAGGGCUUUUAGACCAGCAACUUGACACAUUAUGGGAGCAGCUAGUGAAAGAGCAUGCUGAAGAGGAGGAAGAAGAACGUCAACACCAGCAAUGGCUGAAAGAACGCGAAGAAAAAAUAACUGCUAUCCAACAGGCUUUGAAGCACCAGGGACCAAAAGCACCUGUACCACCACAUAAGAGGAAACCAAAAUCUCAGACAAGUGGUGGGGGCCAAGCUGCCAGCAGGCGGAACAGUGGACUCUCGGAAACCUCCUCAGAAGUUGACAGUGCUCUUGAUAGUCCGGAUUUGAGUGAAGCAGCAUCUGAAAAUUUAGUUAGUAACAAGGUUAAUAUAUUCUUUGAUGUUCAUGUAAUUAGUUUGAAGAGGAUUUUGCAUGGACCCCCAAUUAUUCCUAAAGGAAUUGUCUAGGAUAUACAAUUUGAUGGUACUGCACUUGUUCUAUAGUAUUUUGUUUUCAGCAUACACAAUAUAUUUAUCAUUUAGUCUUUUUAUUUGAAAUGGGACAUUUUGUAGAGGAUUCAAAGGCUUUUUAUUUUACUUGAUAUUUAAUUGAUAUUAAUUUUCCAUAGUGUUUAUAGAUAUGUAUUACUGAGUUUCCUGGCCAAUACAUUACACUGUUUUAUAUUUAGCUGUUGAAUAAUAAAAGGUAAGACCAUUCAAGAUAAUAAUUCAAUUAAAAUACAGAAUACAGAAAAUAAGAGAAAGGCAUACUGCACAUAGAAAUGUUAAUGAAUACUGCAUUUCAGAGAGAUCAUCUAGUUUAUGUAGACAAAAAUUUUUUUAAAGUUAGGGUGGCCUGAAGAAAGUGAAAGCAUUUCCACUGUCGCUCAUUCAAUCACUUAUUUUACCAGAAUCCUGCUAACUUCACAAUUCAGAUGACCCUACGAACUGCAAUAUCCCCGCCCCUCCUUCAGAGUACAGCCACUUAACUUCCCACUUACAGGACUAAAGUCCAAGUAACUGGUUUAUACUGAAUCCCUUCAUUAAUAUUACUUUGCUGUGUCUAAUAUUAAAUUAUGCAUCUUAACUCAAAACAGUAAGAAUAAACUGUAUUAAUUUUACUGCAAUCUAUAUUUUGCCAAUUUGUAAGGUGGGGAGAGAGAUUUAAUUGUAGAAAUAUAAAUGAAUGUAACAUUUAAAGUUUUGAGAACUAUUGAGAAUUUAUCUACAUGCAACUUAAUUAUGGUUUUAAGAAUUCAUUGUACUCUUACACCUUAUUGUUUAUAAGAUUUUAAAAAUUGAUUUGCAAAAUUUUUGAGGAAAAAAGCAAGAUUGCUGUUUCAGGUAAGUGGCUUUUUAUAUAGUGAAACUUCAAACAAGGAUGUUUUUAUAUUGAUGUACUGUUUGCAUUAUUAUUAUUAAUUUCUAGUAUCAUAUGUUACUUUCAAAACUUCUUCAAAUCUUAAUUUAAUUUUAAAUUUAUAUUUUGUUAGUAACUUUAUUUUUUUUCUUAGUUUGACAUUCAAAUACAAUAUUGGCAGCUUUGGGGAAUUUGGCAUCAGAAGUCUUCUACAAGUCAAGCGUGUUUUUCAUAAGCAUGGGUUAUAAUAAAGGCAGAAAUUACUGUUAUAAGCUGUGUAGGACUGGUACAUAUAUAUUUAUUAGUAAAAUCUUAUGAAUGAACAUUAUAAAAUAUGUUGUAUGUAGUUGUUAUAGACUAUCAUUAAACUCUUUAAGGAAAGAGUUAAUGCAGCUAUGUUACAAGGCUCAGCACAGCAAGGAAAGGGAUGAUCUGGACACUUCUCAAUUACUCAUACAUAUGGCUUUCUGUUUCUCAUGUUCGUUAAGUGAUCAGUUUCGGUCUGAUAUGAAAAGAAAUAUUUCAGCAAUAAAGAUACCCAAGUGUU